GCCACAUUUUAAGCACAAACAGACGUCUAGAUAACUUUUAAGAGCACUAGUGGCACCUUACCGUCCUUGGCGAUGGUCUCUGCCAUGGCUUUGAGCUUCUCCUGCAACGCUUCACUUACCCCGAAACAUCCUCAAGUGAAUCUCAGGAACAAUAAGCACCUUCAAGACAUCAAAAAGCUUAUUCAAACAAUUGGGGUUUCAUCAAUUCCAUCCUCUCCGAUCGAAUCCCUCCGAAAUGGCAACUGGGUUAAGCUCAUUUGUGGAGCCAGCUUUGAGGAUGUUGUGGACAUCAGGAAUCUUUCUCUGGUUUACACGCUGGCUGGAGUUGAUUGCGUAGACUGUGCUGCGGAUGCAGCAGUGGUGAAUGCAGUGAACCAGGGAAUUGAAGCAGCAAGGAAUAUUGUACAACUUCGGAGGCCUUGGGUAAUGAUCAGUGUUAGCGAUGAUGAAGAUCUUCACUUCCGUAAAGCUGAAUUUGAUCCAGAGGACUGUCCACUAGAUUGCUCAAGACCAUGUGAGAUUGUUUGUCCUGCUAAUGCAAUAUCGCUGGAGGAAGGGAAAUCUACAAUAGACCUUUCGUAUGGUAUCAGCACGCCAAGCAUAUUGAAGGGAGGAGUCAUAACUGAACGCUGCUAUGGAUGUGGACGUUGCUUUCCUGUUUGUCCAUAUGAUAAAAUAAGGAUAAUUACAUAUGUAAGAGAUGCUGCCACUACAGCUGAACUCCUUAAAAGGAAUGAUGUUGAUGCUAUCGAGAUACAUACAAGUGGAAGGCAGACAGAUUUAUUUAGAGAACUUUGGAAUGGUCUGGGAGAUUCCAUCAGAUGUUUGAGACUGGUUGCGGUUAGCUUACCCGAUGUUGGGGAUUCAACUGUAUCUUCAAUGAACAAAAUGUAUUCCAUCAUGGAACAUCAUCUUCAUUGCUACAAUUUAUGGCAGUUGGAUGGCCGUCCUAUGAGCGGAGACAUUGGAAGAGGUGCCACAAGGCAAGCAAUUGCAUUUGCCAACCGUUUGGCUGCUGAGAAAGGCAGACCUUUUGGUUUUCUUCAACUGGCUGGUGGCACUAAUGCACACACUGUUGAUGGGUUGAAGAAAGAGGGACUUUUUAGAACAACAUCCACAAAUAGGAACUUGAAUGAUGAAACAUCAGCAACCAAAUCAUGUUGUUCAUCGGAUGCUUUAAUUGGUGGGGUUGCAUAUGGUGGCUAUGCACGAAAGAUUGUUGGUAGGAUUCUAAGUUCUGUGCAGUCCCAACACGGACUUGCCCAUAUUGAGGAUUAUCCAGAAUAUCUUCAAGCAGCAGUUAAAGAAGCGCUUGGCUUGGUUGGAACUGUCAAAUGUUAUGAUCCAUUUAUGAUUCAUCAUAAAAUGAAUGAGAGAGUUGCAAAUCAGUGGAAUCGGAGUGGAGCAAUGGGACAGUAGGUUCAUAUAGGAUUAUGGUAGGAUAGUAAGAUCCUGCAAUACAGUAAGCAGACAACCUAAGAAGUGGCUUUUGUUAUCUAAUAUCAGCAAAUUAUAGACUCAAAAAUUUAUAUGUAGAUUGACAUUCAUUAA